AAACAACAUGGCCAGAGCAAAGUUAAAGUCUGUCAAGUCUCGGCAUUUAAAUCACAGAAGAGGAAAUUAUCACUUUUUCCACAUUAUUGUAAAAGCUUCCAGACUCUGAAAUCGAGACAUAAUUUUUCCUCCGAACAGUCCCGGCUCUCUCUCUGCUGGUUGUUCAGGUUGCUGUGAAAUGAGUCGUCAUCACACAGACGGUCCUCAUUUGUUGUUUGGAUCCUGAAAUAAGAAACUAUGAAAUUUGGCUGACUCCAUCUCUAUCUUUCUUUUGUUGCAUGCUGUUAAGACCAUAGACUGUAUAUAGAUGUUGAUGUUGUAGACCCACUAUGCUGAUUUUUAGAGGUCUCAAUGAGGAAUCCACUCACAGGGCAAAUAAACAGACUGAAAACAGAGUGACUUUAAAAAAAAGGGAAAGUAAACACAUUGAUCUGUGUCCAGAUCACUUUAACCUGGCAGCACUCCCUACCUGAGCCAUUAGCAGAGGGAGUGAAGGUACAAACAGCUGAAUAAACUCAGGAUACUGGAUAGAGCUCUUUCUUUAUCUCUGCAAAGUAACAGGAGCAGCAGGGGUGGCUGAAAAUUCAAAGGAAGGAAGCUGAGAGUAAGUAUCUUAUUUUACACGGAUCAUUAUGAGUGUAGUGACUUCAGCACACGGAGGACCGAGUAUUGAGACCUGUGUGUAUUUAGUGCAGAAACAUGUCAGGAUGUCUUCCUCAAGGUCGUGUUGGACAUUCUAGCAUUUUUGCUUUUCAAAUCUCUAACAUUCAAUGUGACUUUUGUUUCAUCUUUGUGUUUGCUCCUGACCCCGCGUCUCCCUCCUCGCAGCAGGAUGAAGUGGCGUAUGCGCUUUCACUCCAGGACAAUCUGUCUGUCCUUGGCCUCCCUCACCAUUUUCCUCCACCUCCUCCUGGCGUUUAUCUCUCUUCCCAUCUACCAGCAGCCCUGUGACCCCCCGCUGCCACCCAGGACUCACAUCUUGAGGGACCUGGCACGCACCAACUACACCUCCACAGGCAACAGGGGUCCAGCUGAGCCUCCAACUGAUACCGCACACAGAGAUUCUUCCAGUAAAGAUGCCAACGAGGAAGCCAAAGGUCAUGUGCAAACACUUUCCAACUUGGGAUUAGCAGGAAAGGAGGGAGAGAAGGAUUCGAUAAACAUGCCAGCCGACGUGGGUCGCCAUGGCAGCGGCAGAGAGGAUCCUGUGGAGGCUGGUCUGUUGAAACUGGAAGCACUGUUUGACCAUCCUCUAUACAAUAUCCCCAGCCCUCCAAUCCCAGAGGAGGACUGGCUGCUCAGAGUGAAGCCCAAGGUCAAGGCCAGUGAGAAGAGCUCCCAGAUGUGGUCAGUAUAUGUAUGACAGUGACUCUGAAGAAGUACAUACUUCACAUUAGUGUUGCAGAUUUCUGUCCUCUAAAAUUCAUCAUUUUUAAUCAAUCCACACAGAGUCCACUUUUCAUGUGUGAAAUAACCACAAACUGCCUCUAAACAGUGACAGCCACCUUUAUCCCUGAGCCCCAGAUACCUUUAUCCCUACUACUAAAUACUACUCACUUCUCCCUCUGUUACGUUUGUGUUUUAUGCAUUUAGUCCUAAAUAACAUGCAUGUUUAUUCUACUAUGCAAACUGCACCCUUCUUGUGCAAACACUGCAGGAAGCAUGCAUAAAGUCAGGGAGUGUUAUCAUCCUGUGUUAUCGUUUAGAGGAGAAGAUAACAACACAAAACUGAUCGUUUCCAAAUACCAAUAAUCUGCAGCUGUCAUGAAGUUCUCACAUACUUCUCAUUAGUAUGAACUCAUAUGUCAUCCUUCUCAUUUUAGCAGAAUACAUUGUGUUCUGCAGCUGUCCUCCAGGGUGCAUAUAAAUGUGAGAAGAACAUAAAAAUAGGUUUAUUUUUUAAUGCUCCUCAGUUCUCUCUGUUUCCUCCACAGUUUUCUCCCUGUGAGUAAAUAACAAACUUUUACUUUUCACUAAAAAAAUAAACCACUGCUGUCUUUAUAGAUGCAUGGAGCAUAUUUAAAGCUGAGGAACACGACUUAUAAAUCUGACUUUAUUACAGCGAGGAUUUAAGCAGUCCUCGUUAAGUUAAUUAUCAUGCAUAACCCGACUCGUAACACCAGCACUCAUCUAUCGGUGACAAAUCUCUCUCUGCUGAGGUUUAGGUGCAGAAACUGAGGGACUAAAGAGUGUGAAAAUGUCUCUGUAGGUAUCAGAGUGUGUGUGUGUGUGUGUGUGUGUGUGUGUGUGUGUGUGUGUGUUUGUGUUCUGAGAUCAGAGCUCAUCGUUUCUCCUCUCUAUAUAAAAAAAAUACCUUUCCCAAAGCAAAGACACUUUUUCGUUUAACACCAUCUUUCAGCGCUCACUGAAACCUGAUGUUCUCAACACUUCUUUACCAAGGACAUCUUUACAUACACACACACACUCUCACACAAACGCAGUACGCUGUUCUAAAGAGGCUCCAAACCAAAGGCUGAAUGUACAUUAUAUUCAGGUUUGUUUGUAUAUUCACCUGAAAGGAAAGUCAAAUGCAGGAAAUAUUGUGAGCAGGUGGUUCAGACUGCAGGGACAUGAAGUCCUGUUGUCAAAGACGAUCCUGGUGCUGUCACCGUGUCGCAGCUUUAACACUAGACAGUGAAUGGCGCAUGUUUACGUAUAUAAGGCUUUGUCAUGGCUUCUGAACAGCUAAGGCACUUUUACAUUCACCCACUGAGAGAGUGAUUCACUGGUGAGAGGAGCUUUAAAUACCAGUCAGGUAGAAACAUGAAUGUUAAAAAAACUCCUCACUGGAGCUUUAAAGGUGUUGUAGUUCAGGAUCUGAGUUAGUUCCAGUUUUUAGGAGAAAUCUUGAAUGUAAACUCUACCCCUCCAACCAGUUUUCCCCUCAGCUCCUCCUCUCCCUCUCUUAAGCCCCGCCCACAAACAGACGCUCCUGCUCGCUCGUAUCGUUCCAAUUAAAUUCAGAUAUAAUGCAGAUAAAUACUUCAGAUCAUUACAAAUGGGGCCCAGUCAAGGUGAAAGUCAAAAGCAUUGGUGCUACUGUAGAUGCCAACAGACUACCAGCAAACACAAUGUUUGCAGGACUUCUACAACGAGGAUAAAGUGACAUAGUCCAGGACCCGAGGGAGGACAGUUUAGCGAUGGAGCUACAACACGCUACAGCAGGUCCGUUUGACAAGAAACACUUCUGUUACAGACACUUGUCUUACUUUGUUAAAGCGGUUUACCUGUCCAGCAGAAAGGUUACAGGGUCACCAAGAUCCCCAAGCGUCCCCCAUCGUUUAUGUUGACCCGGCUUUUUAGCUCUUGUCCGGUCUACCUCCGUUUUAAGCGCCCGUUAUUCCUCCAGAGUCUCCGGUAUUUACUUUGUUUUCUUGCUUGUGUCGGCAGUCGUGGCCAAAGGAGGAUUCAGACAAUUUUCCGAACUUUCUGGUUGGUUUCUACUGUCCGAUAUUGUAGCACGCUAACUUUGUUUGGGCUCCUGAACGACACGGGGGAGCAGCAUUUUCUUGUUGACUGUUUUCUUGUUGACUGUUUUGGUGUGGACUGUUUUCUUGCUGACUGUUUUCUUGUUGACUAUUUUCUUGAUUGUUUAUGGUUGACUGUUUUCUUGCUGACUGUUUUCUUGUUGACUGUUUUCUUGUUGACUGUUUUGAUGUUGACUGUUUAUGGUUGACUGUUUUCUUGUUGACUGUUUUGAUGUUGACUGUUUUCUUGUUGACUGUUUUCUUGUUGACUGUUUUCUUGUUGACUGUUUAUGGUUGACUGUUUUCUUGUUGACUGUUUUCUUGCUGACUGUUUUUUGUUGACUGUUAUCUUGCUGACUGUUAUCUUGCUGACUGUUUUCUUGUUGACUGUUUUGAUGUUGACUGUUUAUGGUUGACUGUUUUCUUGCUGACUGUUUUCUUGUUGACUGUUUUCUUGUUGACUGUUUAUGGUUGACUGUUUUUUGUUGAGUGUUUUCUUGCUGACUGUUUUUUGUUGACUGUUUUGGUGUUGACCAUUUUCUUGUUGACCGUUUUCCUGUUGACUGUUUUCUUGUUGACUGUUUUCUUGUUGACUGUUAUCUUGUUGACUGUUUUCUUGCUGACUGUUUUUUGUUGACUGUUAUCUUGUUGACUGUUUUCUUGCUGACUGUUUUUUGUUGACUGUUUUGGUGUUGACCGUUUUCUUGUUGACUGUUUUCUUGUUGACUGUUUUCUUGUUGACUGUUUUCUUGCUGACUGUUUAUGUUUGAGUGUUUUCUUGCUUGUGUCGGCAGUCGUGGCCAAAGGAGGAUUCAGGCAAUUUUCCGAACUUUCUGGUUGGUUUCUACUGUCCGAUAUUGUAGCACGCUAACUUUGUUUGGGCUCCUGAACGACACGGGGGAGCAGCGUCUGCCUCACAACCAAUCAGGUUAGAGGAGGUGGAGAACGGCUUUGUUUACAGUCAGAAAGAGCGGACCGCUCAAAAAUGUUCAAAUGUUGACGACACAGACAUAAGAGAACACAGAGAUAUCGAUAUAUUACCAAAUAAUCAAUAACUAAUAACUAUUGACUGAUAUUAGAAGAGUUUUUGUAUUUACACCACAAAAAAAGAUGCUUCCUUAACAGAUUCCUGUCUACUCCACCUUUAACUCCGCCAUGUCUUACUCCAUCUUUAUCAAGCGUGUCUGUUUCUGUAUCACUGAGUGACUCUGACAGCGUAGCAUCAUUAUAAAACCCUUUUUUUGUUCCUUUUUGAUCCACUUUGAUCUUCUGAUCCAUCAUCGUCUCUCCUCCGUCUCCCCUCAGGGUGAGCGCCAGUCAGGAGGUCUAUGAAGACGUCCAGUGGAACAGCAGCAGUAACAGCCAUCCCCCCUGGCUGCGCUUUCACCUGGGCAUCACCCGCUGGGAGCUGUACCCGCACCGUGACCCCAACAUGGAGCCGCUGGCCGAACAGCUCGCCACGCACCGCGUCGUCAGUGCAGGUGUGACAUUAAACUCUGAGUUUUGUUAAGAUCAGUCUGUGCAGUUUUCUUGUAGAGUCUCAUCCUCCUAAAACAAACUCAUGAGAGAUGACAGAGGAGGUGACUCAGUCUUCAUAAGUAAGAACAAGAAGGAGGAGUGAACCUUUCUGUGUUCAGUUAAUGUCUUCUUGCCCCUGGAUCGGAGCCUGCCACGGUUUAGACGAACGGGUUUCAUUCAGGGAGAGAGCAGAUGAAGGGAGACGUGUGACACCUGAAGUUCUAGACUUCCAAACGUUGGCUCUCUUUGAAGUUCUCCCAAAAUAAAAGGUAACUUGAAGCUUUGAAGAGACCCAGCUGAGGAUGGACAGGAAUACAUGAGGCACUGAAGGGCUGCAGAGGAACUUUCUGGUUGUACUGGUGUGAGCCGCUCUCUCAGCUGACAGGGUGUGAGAAGUUUGUUAGUGUUUGUCUUUAUCUGUUCCUCACCCCUUUUAUACUACGACUGUACGACCGCUCUGACGACUGUAACGCUCUUUAGGUCGGUGUUUAUCAGGCUUCCCUCAAACGCUCUCAGUUCGUCCAAAAUGCUCGUCUUAUAACAUGUAAACAAAACCACAUCACUCCGAUUCUGUCGUCCUUCCAUUGGCGUCCGUUUCAGUUUAGAAUUCAUUUUAAAGUUUUAUUGUUUGUUUUUAAAUCAUUUUAAUGUGAUCUGCAAAUGUUUAUGCCCCCCCAUGUUCCCUGAGGUCAGCUGAUCAGCUCCAACUCCUCGUCCCUAAAACUCAUUUGUAAACCCGAGGUGACCGAGCUUUCCCGGCUGUGGCUCCUAAAACACCCCGACUCUAACUACGUUUAAAUCUCGUCUUAAAACUCAUUUUUAUUCUUUGGCGUGAGAGUCAUGUGAUCUCUGUCCUUUUACGUCUUUUCUGGUCCUUUUAUCGCUUUUACUUCUUUUUGUGUUUUUAUUUCAUUUCAAAAUUUUUUUUUACCUGCUUUAAUUUAUUUCUUCUUGAUGUUUUUUUUAAAUUCUGUAGUGUUUGUUGUUUUAAUUUUACUGUGCUGCACUUUGGUAAACUUGAAUGUUUUUUAAAAUGUGAUAAAUAAAGGAUUGGAUUUAUAUCAUUGAACCAGACACACUAGCUGCGUUUACACAGUCACAAAUGAUCGGAAUAAACACCCGAAAGGACCAAAAAUGUGUCAUGUAAACAUGUCAAUCGGACAGAAAUUGUAUUCCGAUCGAGAGGGGUGGUUUAUGCCGAUCGUUAUGCCGAUACACGUCCAUGUAAACACUUGUCCUGAUCGUGACUCUCUAACCUGACUCCAUCUUCACUCUUUAUUUAUUUAGGUCAGUUCAGGAGGUUUCAGUAUUAACACAACCUUUUCCUCUGAUGACAUAACGAGGCGUACAAACAGCGUGAUGAUGUCACAUCUGCACGCACAGAGCAACCUUUGACAAAACAGUAAAAUAAGUACGCAAGGGCGCCAUCUAGAGACAACAUUUAACAGGAGGGAAAACUCCUGAAUUGGACAGAGUGAUCCACUACUGUGUUUGUUAGUUUGUUGACGGCACAGACGUAAAUACAACUCAUCUUCUUCUUCUUCUUCUUCUUCUUCUUCUUCUUCUUCUUCUUCUUCUGUGGUUGUUUUAGCAACAUUAGAAAACUCUGCGCAUGUCCGAAUGUUUCUAAUCUGAAUAAACCUCGGUGCAUGUAAACAAACGUCAUGAUCAGAUUAUUUGAUUUUGUUAACGUAUAAACAGUAGAUUCAGAUUUUACCAAUCCCUCAAAUUUCCAAUCAGAUCUAGAAAUGUUGUCUGUGUAAACACGACUCUUGUCUCGCUAAAGUGGAUUAUGGUCCUGCUAAAUCCUGACCUGCUCUUUUGACCGAGAGUAGAAGAAAACUCGGGUCAUGAUUGGGUGCUUUCCUAAUGAAAAUUGAUCGGCUGAUUGAUUAAAGAAGAGUUUGUGACUAUGAUGGCUCAGUGUGAUUAUAAUCAUGAUCCAGAUCACUUUUGGCUUCUUAAAUGAAUAAUAGAUGAAUGAUGAAGAUCAAUAGACUCUUUAAAUGAUCUUCGAUGUUGUAUAGUGAUGUGAUUUCUGGGUAACACUCGUUUGAAUGACUACAAGUUAUAAAAAUAACGUCCGUAUAUCCAGGAAGUGUUCGGGCUGUGUCAUACCUCGGCACUGACGCACACACUCUCAUUGUCACACUCUUCUUUUUGUUUUCACCUAUGAGUGUGUGUGUGUGUGUGUGUGUGUGUGUGUGUGUGUGUGUGUGUGUGUGUGUGUUUGUGUGUGGUUCUUACCCCAUUAAUGGCCUGUGUGUUCUACCACUACCACCGCGCUGUGUUUGUUUGCACUAUGUGUGUUGUUGCCAUGGAAACAUUAUCAGUACUGUUUUUAGUGCAGAAGUCUGGAGGGACGCAACUGAAGCUGGUGAUCUCAUUUCCCAACUACGGACAAGCCAUGUUCAAACCCAUGAAGUGAGUCCUGGAGCCGCUCAGACACUGUCCCACUUGCUGCAAGAUUAAAUACUCUCAAUAAAUGAUAUUAUGUUAAUGUGAUAAACCACGAGGGGAAACUGUAGCUGGAGAUCAGAGAGAGGUUUUCAAGCAUUCAGGCGACUGGGAGGUAUUGUUAGAGUAAAUAUUUGGAGGGAUAUCUCUAAUAUUUCAUCAUCUCUGCUUUUAGAUUUAUUUAAUGUCAAAUGGAAACCUCAGCUCUAAAAAAAACCAUCAUGUGCUGUUUGGUUUUGCUCUCUGUGGCAGGCAGGAAAGAGAUGAAGAAACCAACUACAACCUGUAUUAUUUCUCUGACUUUGAGAGACACAACGCAGAAGUGUCAGCUUUUCACCUGGACAGGUACCGAGUCUGAGAGUAUUACAGCUUCAAAUGCAAUGCUCAGAAUGUGCUGAUAAGAUUCUCUCACUCUCUCUCUCUCUCUCUCUCUCUCUCUCUCUCUGUCCCUCUCUCUCUCUGUCCUUGCAUUUGUCUCCUUCUCUGUAUUGCUCCUUUCUCUAACCCCCCUCCCCUCUGCAGGAUUCUGGGCUACAGGAGAAUCCCUCCGGUGGUGGGAAGGCUGGUUGAUGUGGUCAAGGAGAUCAAAGACGUCACUACUGACCGCAAGCUGGCCAGAACCUUUUUCAACUCCCCCGGUAUCAGCUCCCGCUAUUCUCCAUUAUUCAUUUACUCUGCUCAAAAAUGCCCCUUUGUACCAGCUGAUUGAAUCCCUUUGAAUUUUCUUUCCAUCCAAAUUAUUCCCUUUCUUCUCUCCUCUGUGUGUUCCUCUGGGUCCCCCUAGUGGGCAAUGUGUGUUUCUACGGUCAGUGCUCCUACUACUGCUCCACUGAGCAUGCUGUGUGCGGACGGCCGAGAGACCUGGAGGCCUCCUUGGCUGUCAUGUUGCCAGAUCUGUCUCUGGCAGCUCGCCGGACCUGGAGAUCCCCCUGGAGGCGCUCGUACAGUCGCAGCAAGCUGGCGAAGUUAGUAGAUAUAGAGGAGUAAUAAGAAACAGAGGAACUAAAAAUAUCACCCCAGUACACUCCCAAACCCAGAGACUGUAAAAAUAGUACAAAAACAUUCAAAUGUAUUUAUUAACCUAGAUUAGAAACAUACCACAUGAAAAGAAGUAUGAAAAUAGAGCAUGGAGAACGGGCUGCUACUCGUAGUUUUGUAAUGACACCUUAAUUAAAAAUGCAGGCAUGUUCAAAUAGAUAAAAAACAGGUGCAAGAAAUGUUGUCAAUAUUAAGCGUUCAAUCAAGAAAAGGUCAACUUUUUUUUCUCCCUGUGGUAAAAGCGAUGGUUUCUAUUUUAUCCUCUUAUUAGUAUUUACGUCAUGUUCUCAUUUAUUUAUUUAGCUUUUAUUUCUUACUUCUUUUUAGCAAUGCUAACCUUAAUAAAUGGUCCCAGUUUGGUCAUUUCUAAUCAAUCAAAGUUUUUUUCAUUGUUGGUACUGAAAAAUGUACUAGGUCAGGUCAAAGAUUAUCAUUUAGGUUCAAACCUGUUAUAAUGUGCCAUAAAACUUGGUCAUAAAACACACUUUUAAUCGUUAUUUUGUCAUAAAAAAUUGAGUUAUGUCCUAUAAAGUGUGACCGAUAAAUCACUGGUCGUCCGUAAGAUGGUGCAGCAUGCUGGACACAAAGUGAGGAGGACCGGUCCAGCAGCACAAAAACUCAAUGUAAUGCAAGUUGCUGCACAGAAAGACAGUUUGUAUAUUUACUUUCCCUCGUGGAGAUCCCUCAAAGCAAACUCUGACUGGUACAACAUAAAGAGAAAUCCAAGAAAUGACUGGAUGGUGCUUUUCCAAGGACUGAACUGUGUUUGUGUUUUUUAGGUGGCAGACGGAGCCGGACUACUGCGAAUCAGUGAAAAAGACCGCACCAUACGAUAAAGGCACAAGACUGGUGGACUUCAUGGACAUGGUCAUACUGGACUUCCUGAUGAGUAAAUCAUAGUGAUAGUGGUCAUAGAGGUGUUAACAGUCCGGCAUAAGUUUGACUUCAUACACAGACAUUCAUAGUCUUAGAAGGAAACAGUAUUUUACAGAGUUAAACAAGAAGGUCUACCUCGUAUCAUAAACUAACUUUAAGGUGCUAUAAUGAACUUCAAAGAUGCUGUGUUCAUUUUAAACUCAGUAGUCUCUGACUUUCAAGAACAAAACCAUCUCCAAGAAUCAAGAGUUGUAAAAUUCUGACCCUCAACAUUAGGGGAGACCGGGGCUUGUUGUCACACUUUUUACACUCUUAUAUAUUUCUUGCAAUCAAUCCAUUAAAUAUAUAAACAAAAUGUGUACCAGACUACAGACCAAAGUCUCAGGUAUAUAUUUCAUAUUUAUGUCAUUUUCAUAUCUUGUGUCAGAGCAGAGUUAUAACCAUUCAAACAGAGAGUGUGAUCAUGUGACAUGUUGCCCCACCAUCAGGUAAGUUGGAUUUUUAUCUGGAAGAAGAUUAUUUUUAAAAUAUCUAAAGCUGUUUUGUUUUUUUUACUUUGGGUUGUGUGAAAUGGUUAAUUGGCGCUCAGCUCAGGACACGACCCCUGAGAGAAGAAAACUAGUAUUCCAAUUUUUAGUUGCGCCCUCUGGUGGCAAAGAUAACUGCAACGUGACAACUUACCUGUGUGACAACAAGCCCCGGUCUCCCCUAUAGUGUAGUCAGUUUUGUUGGCAUAUAUCCCUUAGAAGAGACACCAACUAAUUAUUCCAUCCCAGCAGUCUAUCAUAAUGCACAUAACUCCAUAACCUCCAUCUUGACUUCCUCUGCUGCUGCCGACCACAGUGUCUCUCUGUUAACCUGUCUGAGGUGUUUGGUUCACUGAGACGGUCUGCUGUGAUUUCACACUACUAUCUGUGGCGUAUCCCAGAUCAGCUGUAUCGGAUAGAAAUGCGGCUGAAGACUUGAAACGCGUGUUUGGUUUUAGCGUUUUGACCUUCACCGGCUCCGUAGUUCAACCAAAGUUACGGCGCGUUACCAUGCCAACGACAACUUCUCUCCGCACGCAGGUAAGAGAGUCAAACACCGAGUUUUCCUGUCACUGUUCUCUGCUGUAAAGUUGUUUUAUCAAACUAAUGUAAGGUUUAAGGUGAUCGAGCUUCGGCAGAUAGAGCAGCUGUGUCUGAAUAAACGGGUUUAAUGAAGUUUCUCAAGUUAACGACAGUUUUUAACCGUUUGAACCCAGAGCUAAACUAAAGUUCACGGACAAACUAACGUAGCGAGUGAGUUUGUUUUUAACUGGACUUGUUAUGCUGUCAGAAAAAAAAGGGAUUAAAUCGUGAUUUCGUUAACUUUAAUUUGCAUGAAAUGGUCCGUUAUUAUAGAUAGAUAGAUUAUAGAUAGUUUAACGGAAAGUAGAAAGUUUCAGUUUGAGGUUAUUUUCUCUGUUUGAAUUCCUAACACCAUCGCCAGGUGAUUUUUACCUGAAAUAAUAAACCCAAGAAAAAGUCCUUGGCAUCAAAGUAUAUCAAAAUAGGACAAUACAUGACAAAUGAAAGUCGUUUAUUUUUAACUGUGUCAUGUCCAAAGGGAGGGGGAAAAGUGCCAUGAGUGGACCAGAUAAAAAUACAACAAAAUAACUGAAAUGAAGCAUCAACAAAAAAUUCAUAAACAUAUAUGUAUCAUGGUACCCCUCUCUCCACAAAACGUGCACAAUGGGUCCUCCCUCAAACCCUACUUGUGCAAGUUUGUUGGUGUUGGGAGUGAGUCAUACACCCUACUUUACCCUCUAUCACUAUUGCUGAGUGAAAAUCAGCCUGUGAACACGUGUCUGUAGGAAAAAGCAGGUUUUGGAUCAGGGAAACAAAUAUGUCUUCAAAGAUGUCAAAGUCAAUGCUGAAGAUACCCAGGGACUCAUGAUACUCAGACAAACACAACAUCAUGAAAAUCACCCUGCGAUGGUGUUCUCGGGUUAAUGUCGAAGCAGUUACGCCAGAAUUGCAGCAUUUUCAGUUUUCUGAUAUCUAUCCCAAUCAAAAGAUGAUGAUUCUUUAACAGAUAACCAUUUUACAUAUAACCUGUGUUUCCUGAUUCCUUAUUUAUAGGAUUAAUUGAUGUUUAUAGAAAGAAACAUUAAAGUUAAAGAGGUUUUGUACAUUUCAUUUCCAUUUUUUUAUGCAUCUAUAAAGAAAAUCUUGCUCUCAUUAUGUGUCCAUAACAUCAUCGCUCUUUUUUUUUUUCCAGACAAAUCUGAACAAAGUUGGACAGUAGAUCUAUAACUCUGAGUCAGUAGUACCUGAACCUGCCUGUAGUGUUCACGGAGACGUCAGCAACAUGUCCUCAACAUUUACAGAGAAAAAAUCCUGUCCUGAAGCUCCUCGGAGCAGUGGUACAGUCCCCUCUGGGAACAGAUCCAAAGUUCCAAAACUGCCACUUCUACCCCCAGAGAAAGCCUCUGUCUCAGCGUCUUUGUUUGCCAGCCCUCCGUCAUGGGUGGUGCAGCUCCCUCCUCUUGUGGCCGAGGUAGAACCUGGGGGAGCCAACUAUGAUUCUAGAUGGACAGCACAACCUCGCCCAGCAGCCUCAGCACAGGGAACCCACAUCCCACCCGUACCCGCUGCUGGGUGGACUGCACUGAGGUACAAGGACUUUAUUUACGGGGGUUUAUGUUCAGCAUUUGAGUGAUCCAGCACUUGGUCAUUUUAUGGUGAAGGAAUUGAUGGUGAUGACGAAAGGUCUAGAUUGAUUGGUUGCUUUAUUGUGCAUUAGCUUUUCCACCACAGUACCAUCUUGUAUUCACAUUAGUUAGGAUAAAGGUGUCUGCUCAGUGACAUUACCACAUUGUAAAAGGUUUUUAAACAGCUGUAUUGCAAUAGUUUUAAAAUGUAUUACCUGAAGGUAUUUUUUUAAUAAAUAAUUUAUUUGGGAUCAAAUCGUUCUGCUUUGAAUUUCACAGUCGGACUGUCCCGAUCCUGGUCUUUAUGAUCUUAUCUUGACCUUUUUAUUGAUUAUCAGCAAUUUGAGAUGUCAGCCUUCACUGAGCACAUUUUGCAGAGUAUGCAAACACAAGGAUUAGUUAUUCUAACCUAGUUCUCUGUGUUUGGCUGUUUCAACAAGCAGGGCUCUCAGACGUCUUGGAAGUUUGUAUAUAUAUAUAUAUAUAUAUGUAUUUCCUCAUGCUAAUUUGUGGUAUCAGGAACCCUAAUGUUCUCCAUCCUCUUCAGAAUAAAGGUGAGGUAACAACGAAGAGGAUGAUGCUCUGUAAGUGGACCAGCCUUUGGUUCACUGUAAAACUAAAUCGCUCUCUUCCCUCAGAAGCUUGGGGAGCUGUAAAAUGUUGGUAAAAUGAGCUGUCUGUUACCUUCACUGUUUGAAACCUGAUAUAGUUGCUCCUUUGUUGACACUCGGUUGUGAUUGUUUCAGUCUUACAGGAAAAGAUGAAUUCAAAGACGUCGGAAUCUGUGCCGAUAAAAAGAAAAACACUGUAAAAAAAAGGAGAGUGUUGAAACGUAGUGAAGGUCCGCUCACUGCCACAGAGGUACUUCAGAUCUAUAACCAGCAAACAUGCUCUUCCUGCGGGUAUUAUUUCCUGAAGGAAGUGGAUGGAGACUCAUACAGGUAGAGUGAAAAAGACUGUGUACCAUGAAUAUAAGUAACCCUCAUUACACACAAUCCAGCUAAUCGCCUGUUACUUUUCAGACCUUAUGACUUACAAGUGGUGGAACCCGGUAAUACUGGCCCUGAUUACUACAUGUUCACGCCUGAUUCUGUCAUACAUGUGACCGGGGACAGUUCUGAGGAGAUUGGCACUCCGGCAGAGUGGCACAGAGAGUCGGUGUUGUGGACAAAAUUGCGGGAAAUCCCAUAUUUUAAGAACUUCAUCCUGAUGCAAACAUUCAGACGGUAGUCACAUACAGUCUGUUCAUUCCAUCCUCCCUUUCUUUCCUCCCUCUUGGAGCAUUUCCUGUUCAUUUGUCUCAUCUCUGAUAGGUGGCGUGAGAAUGUGCGAAGGAUCAUUUUUCAGCGUAAGUGUAAGAAUCUGCAGGGUCAGCUGGUGAUGGCUGUGCCUCAGUUCGGAGAGGCUCUUCUUCUGUUUACCAGGUAAGUCAUACUGGAGUGUGAAAUACGACAAGACGAGUACGAAGGCUUGACAGAUGAGGUCAUUUGAACCUCUUUGGUCAGAGCAGAUGUUGAGUUUGAACAUUAUGUGAAUCUUUCACAGAGCGAUCGAAGAAUUAAAGGGGAAGCAUUUUCUGCCUCAGGAAAAAUCUGAAUCCUACACAUUUCUGGAAUUCAAAGACGCUCUGAAAACCAUGAGUCAAGAAGGUUUGGAGAUGUUGAAGAGGCUUUCCCAGUUCCGGUCCUUUGUCCUAAACAAGGUACAAAUUUUUUUUAAGUCUUCCUGUCUCCAGCCGGUCUCCAGUGGGUUGGAUGAGUUUAAAAAGGUGAAAACAGGGGGGGUGUUCUGAGACAGGCUAUGACCUGAGAAACGGGGGUGCUCUGAAAACACCCACAUCAGCACCGAGUCUGUUCCUCUUGAUGAAAUUAACCAUAGACUGUAAACUGACAUGUGCUCGACUCAGCACGUAUCGAUCAAUAAGUUGACUAGUCGACUUCACAGCCCAAGUGUUUUUAAUGGGAAUGACUUCUUAUAAGGUAUAAUAAGUAGAAUCUCAAAAAACAGCAUUAAUAUUGAGCUCGUGAUAUUAAAGACUUCAUGUUUCCUUCAACAGAAAAGGCCUCUGGGGUUUAGGUUCGCUUCAUCUUUGACUUGUUUAAUUAUCAGUCCGGUUUGAGUGUGAAAAAGUGAUUGAUUGAUCACUGAUCCAGGUCCAAAACUUUUACCUUUAAAUGAAAAAGCGAUAAGAUGAAAUGAGGUUAAAACAGGAUGAGAGAAACGGUCAACAGAAAAUUAUCAGAGCUGACCAAAAACCCGUUAUCUGACUAGACUGGUGAGAUUUCAAUAACCCGCCAAACAUCCCAGAACCACACCCCUCAGUGACCAUCCCGGGAAGUGACCGAUUAGAAAUCUGACUUUCAACAAAUAUAUUUUGGCCCCUACACUUUCUAUACUUCUAAUACUUGACUGCACUGAUGUUACCUGACCUCCAGGUUAAAGAGGACUGCUGCACUGCAAACAGGGAGCUGCAGCUGCACCUGGAGUGUGCUGAGAGGCCAAAUAACGGACCCAUCUACCUCCAUGUGGCCCACCAGAGGGGUCUAAAGAAGGAGUUGGCUCAGUCUAAGAGUGUCAUGAGGAAAUUAGGCAACUUUGCUGCCGUCGUCAACCAGAUGACCGUGCAGAGUCUCGUCACACUCUACCGAGAAGAUGUGAUGUCUUUCCUCUCCAAUGUUUUGAAGGUCAGUACUCCACCUGUGCUGCAAAAUGAUCCUGCAGAUGAGAAACUACAGCAUACAGUACAGUGUAGGCAGAUCUGUGAAGAACUUUGAGCUUCAAGCUGUUUUAUUUUAUCUGUUCUUAGAGGCAGCAGUCUGACCGUGGCGUUUCCCUCUGCACUGAGCUCUGCUUUGACGCCAACAAUCAGCUGACUGUGGACCCACCGGUGCAUCAGUACCAAAGAGUCGUGAGUGAAGCACUGCUGACAGUUGGAGACACUAUAAUUCAGGUAAAAUGUGCACUGAAACAUGAUUUCAUUUAGAAAUGAUGGAGUACUCAUUAAAGCAGUGAUGGGCUAAAGUUGAUAUUAACGUCAUUUUUAGGGUUUGACUGGAUUAUUAAACUAUAUCUUCAUCUAACUGGAAACUCUUUCUUGUAGUAACUUUUCAUUUCAGCUUUAAACCCCAGUGCGGUUGUAAACUCCCUCCUGAUCAGAGACUUUAACAGGUUUCUUCUUCUUCUUCAGCAGAUGUGUGAGAGUUGUGGAUUCUUCCUGGAGAGUAACAGCGAUGUUUCGAGCUCUGAUUUCGAACACGAUUUGGCCUCUGACAUCUGUUUUACUCAAAAUCCCACCACUCCAGGUAUGCUCAUCUGUACUGUGAUGUCAUGUUUCCGGACUACAUUCGAUUUGGUCGAAGCUCCUCCCCCAAGCUUGCCUGAACAGAACAUUCUUCAUUCUUGGUGUCCAUGUGUUGUGAAUCCUUAGAGAAUGACCAAACCUGGAAGUUUUGCUGCCAGUAUCUCCGUCCCGGACGCGUCACGUCUCGCAGGCCAGAGCUGAUAAAAGGGGAUGGAGUGCACGGCUGCUAUCCUCCCCUCAGCAGGAGACAGCUGGAGUGGCAGAUCAGCAUCAGUGAUGUUUCAAAACACGCUGAGAAAGAGCAGUCAAAGAUCAUGCAGGUUAGACUACACCUUAAUAGGAGUAAAUGUUAAUGAAACACGAACACCUCUGCUCAUGUGUAAUUCUCAUGUUUCUUCACAGGAAGCUGAGUCAGAAAUUGUGCCGCUGUGUGAGAGCUUCUCAUGGCUGCUGGAUGUCCGUUUGUUUACUUCUCAAUGGAGUAGAGCCUCUUUGGAGUCUCUGAAGGGUCAGCCAACGGUACAUUAUGAGGAGCUCAUGAAGGAGCUUCAUUUAUGGACUGAAAAAAUAGGCACAUUUCCCUCUUCAGUUUCAACUUCCAGUGACCUAUUCAUCAUCAAGUGCAGAGGCAUAAAGGAAAGCCUUGGUACGCCUGCCGCAGAUUAAAUUGAUAUUCUCUCCACGGUUCAGUAAAAUGUUCCUAUUCAAGAACGUAUUGAAUAAGGGUUUUCAAGUCGGUUAAUGGAACAAGGCGUUGAAAAGAAAAUAUGGCACUUUUGUGAAACAUCUUUUGUUUGGUGAGCUGAAGGGUUAAGAUUCUGCCUCUGUGCUAACUGCACCUGUACUCUUGGUCUGCGUUUUUGAAGGUCAGCAGCUGAGGUCUGUUGAGGAGGAGGUGCUGAAGCAGCUGGAGGAGCAGAUAAUGCUGCAUUCAGAGAGCCUCAUCUCAGACCUGGAGGGAGCAGCUGCCGAACUCACAGCAGAGGCCAUAGGCAUACAUGACAUCUCAAAACUCGCUGAUAAGGUAUGCCAAACCUUAGAGAUGGGACAAACUUGAAAUAAAAGUUAAAGGAAUUCAUUUUAAGUUAAUAAUUCAACCCAAAGCCUCUGUCAUGUCAGAUCAAACCAAAAAUCAGAUACAUACAGAACAUUUAGGACUUAUAUAUACACUUUUUUCCUCCACAGGGGUCAGGAUUUUAAAGAUUACCAAAGACAUCUUGUGUUAUUUAAUGGGGUAUUCCGAUGUAAAAUUAAUUUAGGGUCAAACCCACCGUAACACCGAGUUAGACCCCCCCUCCAGAGAUGAAUGUUGUCGACCGCUUGCUUCUCUAGUUUUACCAACUUUAGUAACGACCGCAGGAUAGCAAUACAGAGAGCCACGCCCUCAACCAAAACGCCACUCUAUAGCCACAAAUAAUGCUCAGAACAGCACCUAACUUCAUCAACAGGACAUAUAGGGUCACAGACAUAGUACUAUAUUCAGAGUUGUUCUAACUCCUAAGAAAACAAACUUAAGCGGGGGCGUUUCUCCACCUCUGUAGUCUAUAAGCUGGGCCAAUAAACUUCUACUGUAGUAAAAUGAAAAGGUAAAGGUGUUUUUAUUGAGCCGAAUUAUCAAUAAAAUCAUGAUUUUGUUAACAGGUAUGGAUUUAUGUGCUGUUGAGUUAAUAUAUUUGAACAAGAGCACAGUAAAGUUAAAUCAGCUAAUUUUCCAAUGAGGUUCUGUUACUGAACAGACCUACAUCGUGUUCUACUGAGGUUAGUACAUAUAGGGUCACAGACAUAGUACUAGACACCAAACAUCUUUUUAACUUUGACUCAUUUCUUUAGCAAAGAGACUAAACACAACUCACCUACUCUCUUCCAGCAGACGCUUGUUUGUAGAGAGACCUCAGACGAGUCGAUCAUCGAGUGCAGCGGAAAAUUUAUGAUCACUACUUCAAGGAAAUACAAUCAGACCGAGACACUGAGGCAGAAGAACUACUGCAUCUGUAAAAUGAUUAAUAUGGUGAUUAUGUGACACCCAUGGUGAUUAUUACUUCAAGGAAAUGAUUCGCUGCACUCGGUGAUCGGCUUGUCAGGGCUUCCCCGCAAACAAGCGGCUGCUGGAGGAGAGUUGCUUAAAUUGAUGCUGUAAUAUCUGUUUAACUGUCGUCUGACCUAAAACAAAAAUCUUUCCUCAGAUCAAAUAAAAAACUAUCCUUUUUAAAGAUUUUCUCUCGCUCAUAUAAGUUUUCCACAUUGAAUUUAAAGUGAAAACCUUUCAGACCCAUGAUGACCUUAUAGGGUCCUGAAUAUGCUUUCUCAGCAGAAUUCCUAAGUCUUUGUCAAUUUCAUAAAACUGCUGAAUCUCAUUUUUCCCUCCUCAGGUGAGGGAGUCUGUGAAAUGGUCGGUUGAUGCACAGAAACGUUUGGAGUACAUUCAUUCCCUCCAGAAUAUUUUGUGCAUAAACGACAGGAAGAUGAUGGAACAGGAGGCGGCUUUGAAAGAAAAGGUCUGCAGCCAUGACGGAGGAAAUGAGUUUCAUGAACUGUUUGAUCACAUCUCAGCGAUGGUUUGGUAAUCAUGGCGGCGUUUGUGGCUGUGUAUUUCAUCCAGGUGCUGGCCGUGUGGGAUCGCUACGACGCCCUCUUGAAGCAGGCGGAUCACUCUGUGUGCCACCGUCUUCCCAUCGCGUCCCAUGUGCUGGACAGAAUGUUCUCCUCUUUGGUCAGCGACCUUAAAAACACGGUCUCCAAGGCUACAUCAGGACCUUUUCUUGACCCGACCCAGAAUGAAAAAGAGAUGGUCUUCAAACUGAAGUUAAUGUGUAGGCAUGUGCACAACCUCAGGGAAGAAAUGCAAAAAAUGAGUUCUUCUAGUCAGAACCUACAAGGUAAGAUGUAAAUAAUAUUCAGUCUUCUGGUGUAAAUCUGCAAAAACACUCCCUACAAAAACUUUUCAUGUCCAAUCAGAGCGCCCGUUGGAUACAACUAUUCUGACAACACAUAUCACUCAGUUGGAGGCCCGUAAAGACUUAUGGGAGCUGAAGGACGUGAGCAAAACAUGGAUGGAAGAAUGGAAAAAUCUGCCUUUUAGUGAGGUGAAGGUGACGACACGUCACUCAGCCACUACUCCGACAAUCUUCAGAUAAACCAGUAAACCUUUGUGGGCGUUUCCUUUAGGUCUCGGUGUCACACGGCCUGGAGAAAAUCGCAAACUGGAAGGAACAGACUCUGUCACUCACUGAUGCCAUACCCAGCCAGGAUGCAGUCCUCCAGGAGACUUUGGAGUUCUUGGACGACGUCAUUUCUCGGCUUGUUCUCCUGGCUCAGCUGCAGAGGACCACGCUCAAAGAAAAACACUGGGACGCCUUUUUCAAAGGUCAGACUUGGCUUUUUUUUAUUUUAUUUUAUUUUAUUUUAAUUUUUUUUUUAUUUUUUUUUAUUUUUAUUUUAUUUUUAUUUUAAAUCCUUUUUUUAAUUUAUUUUUUUUAUUUAUUUAUUUAUUUAUUUUUUUAACUUUAUUUUUAUCUUUUAAGGCAAACUUUCAAACAUACACGCAAAUCAGACUGGCUUUUUUAAACACAUCUAUGCACACAUGGUAUGUUUUAAUUUGACCUAAACUCUAACAUAUGUUUGAUUUGAUGAGCUCUGUAUCUGGCAGGCAUUGGCCUACAUCAUGACCCAGAGAAGACGGUGAUGGUUGCUGAGUUGAUGUCUCGAGCGCAUGAAAUUGACCAGAAAUUGAUAACCAAGGUUGGAGCUGGGGGGAUGUCAUACUGUAUAUUAAGAUUCUGAAAUCCGAUAAAAACAUAAAUGUACACCAGCUGCCCCCUUUUGUAACUUAUUAAAAUACUCCUGCUGCUUUCUGCGCUCUCAGGUGUGCAGGGCUGCACGGGCGGAGUCGAACAUGGAGCAGACCUUCCUGAAGCUUCAGCAGGGAUGGGAAGAAAAACUCUUCCAGCUGGACCGACUCAGUCUGCCUGUUCCGCAUCAGUGUGAGCCCCACCAUGGAUCAGAGUCAGAGAAGCCCAGGGAGGACACAGAUUCAAGUCUUGUCAGCACUAGUCAACCCUCCUGUGAUGAUGUUUCCAGGGUUAUUAUCACAGGUAUGCAGAGCAGGUGGUGGUGUUUGCAGUAACGUUCAUCACAAAGACAGUAAUAGGUGAAGAGGAUGUUCUGCUGACACGUUUCUGAGAUUAGACGUGUAUCAUCGCUCUCAGGUGCAGAAUUACACUUGGCUGACAUAGAAAACGACUUGAUGACACUGUCCGCCAUGAUGAAUUCUCUGCAUGUCGUUGAUUCCAAGACGCAGAUGGAGGAGUGGACACGAUCUCUACAAGAUCUUGGUGAGAUGAAUAAAAAAGAUAAACUGUGUCUUUUCCUCUGAAAUAAAUUUCGUUUUUCUCUCGAGGUUAAAAAGCGUUUUGUCUCUGCAGCUUUUUUAUCCGUUUUAGAUCAUGGAGACCUGUUGUAUAUGAACGCUUCAGCUCAACAUCUGAGAAAGACUGACUCUGUAUAUCAUGCUUCUCUGAGGUUUACUACUAACUGUUGGGCCUUGACCAAUCAUAAUGAACUGUAUUUUAGAGUGUAAUGGCCUUCUUUGUCCACCAGGAGGUCGACUCACUGGUACACUUUUAUUUACAAGGCCAUGCUCGCUCCGACUCCUGCCCUCUUACAUUUAUAACUUCUGCUGCGUUCUAGUUUCCUCGGAAGUCGGAUGUCGGAGCUGAGAAUGACGUUAAGACCUGAGUUUACGGCGUUCCUGUAAACAAGUCGGAAAACCAAGAUGGAUGCCUACUGUUAGCCGUUGUCAGCUGUAGUUAGCCGUUAGCUAUACCAGUUGUAAACAACGUAUAACACAGUAUUUAACUCUUACAAACACCACAGCACCGUGUUCACAGUUAGACGUUGGGCAGAACAACAUAAACCACUGAUUUAAUUUCACAAAAACAAAACAGAAGUGCUAAUAAAUGAUAAAAUACGAGAGCUUUCCCUGUUACUCUUCACUGUUGAUGCACUAAGCUGCCAUCUUGGAUUAUGACGUUGUCGUCUAGUCGGGUCGGUGAGGAUCGUCUGACUUCAGGGGGGCGUUCCAGGUGAAUUUUCAGCUCGGAGCUCAGAAUUCGUGACUUCUUAGUACAACUGGAACACAGCAGUUUGUUGCUCACGGUUCCAUUUGCCCGCACUGAGCUGGGUUAAAGGGCGUUUGUAUUCUCUGCUCUUCUGCUGCUAAAGGACCGGAAACUAUCAGAACUUUUCUCUUCAAUCCAAACUGAGAGCACUUAGGACAGCCUCCUCAACCUGUAAUUGUUUUAUCUGGUUUGUAUGUCAUUGGUUGAAACUAACUUUUAAAGAGGUUUUUAAUCUCAAUUGGACAUUCCUGGUUAAAUGAAGAUUAAAUGAUUAAUGAUUAAUUAAUUAAAAUGAAAAAAGAUUUUAAAGAUUUACCAUUGAACUGUACGGUUCUGUUUUGUCGUUUUUCUGUAGGAAAGCUGCUCAGAUUGCUCAUAAGGUACCAGCAUAUGUGGACCUUCCUGGCCAAGAUGUCCCAUGAAACACCCGUUUGUGUUCAGACAGAUGAUUUGGUUUGUCUUAGCCCGUCCUAUAAACACAUGAAACUGGUAAAUCAGUAAGUUUAAAGAUCAGAUAACGGUUGUUGUUUUUCUUCACAGAUGGAGCAGUUCAGACCUGUAGAUGAGACAUUUAAGGAGAUGAUGGACGCCUUUUCCAGUGACCCUCACCUGUUGAACUUGAUUCAUCCUAAAAGAGAAAAAAACAGUUUCCAUGGUGAUCACCUUUACCAGGUUCUCUCUGAUGGUCUGUCUACAAUGGAGGCGAUUUCAAACCAGUUAACGGAUCAACUGGACUUCCACCGGGAACACUUUCCAAGACUCUGGUUCCUGAGUGACAGUGAAGUGGUCCGACUACUUUCCAUCCAGCCGUCACCUGCCACAAUGCAAUCCUUUGUACCCAAGUGCUUCAAAGGGGUGCGUUCGCUUGAAGUGGAUCGUGAAAAACCCUCCAGAGCAGAAAAUGUUCAGAGCAGCAUGGCUACAUGUCGGGACCACAGACAGGCGAAGGUUCUGGGGAUCUUUGGCAGCCUCCAGGAACACAUCAGCUUUCUGUCUCCUGUAGAACCGAACCUCAGUGCCUCAUCUUGGCUCUGUGUCUUUGAGGAACAGCUCAAGCUGUGUAUGAAACAGCUCAUGCAAAAGUGUGCAACUGCUAGAAAUCAGCUGGAACCAUCUAUUCAACAUCUGUGUGAUAAAACAACUGGGAAUAAGCCGUCUGAGUUUGUUAUGAAGAGGAAAAGUCGAGAGGCUGUUCUCACUCUGGUCUCUGACUAUCCUCUUCAGUGUCUUCUGUUUGUUGAGGAGGUGGUUUGGUGCAGGUCUGUUCAACAAGCCUCCGAAGAGUCGAGUCCAGGGAAGUUAAGAACCCUAAAGGAGCGAAACUCUGUGAAACUGGGAAACCUCGUCUGUUUCAUCAGGAAUGGAGUCACAGGGGCGAGGAGUGCGACUCCUCUGUCCAGAUAUAUGAUGACGUGUCUGCGUGGAUUAGUGCAACUAACAAUGAAUCAUGCGGACCAACUCUGUAAACUAAUGGAGGUGCAACAUUCGCCUUUGGAUUCAUCUUUUGAGUGGCUUAGUAUGAUGAAGUACCAUUUAGUAUCAGAGGACAUGACUGUGAAGAGCAAUGAGGACCUCAGAUGUUUCGUAGAUGUUCUGGGCCAUCAGUUCCAAUAUGAAUAUGAAUAUUUUGGUCCUGAGGACUUGGGGAUGGUGUACACCCCGUCCACAGAUCGGGCAAUACUUGGGAUCCUCCUUGCGCUGACAACUUACAGAUGUGGGUUCUUGAGUGGACCUCGCAUCUCAGGAAAGAAGAAGACUGUUAACCAUCUGGGGAAAGCUCUGGGACGACAGGUCGUCAGUAUUCAGUGUAGUCCACUCAUGAAACCCAUUGUUGUUGAGCGGGUACUGUUGGGAGCUCUUCAGACUGGAGCCUGGCUUCUGCUUGACUCUGUAGACUUGCUAAAACAAGGUCUCCUGUCAACACUAGGACAGCAUCUGGAGGACAUUCACCAAACCUUUACUGUGAACCCAAAAGUAAAUGAGGAGCUCAGAGGGAGGACUGCAGAUUCAGGUUGUCCAAUGGUUCUUGCUGGGAAAAGCCUUUCUGCCAGACUGAGUUUUGGAUGUGUUCUCAUCUCUUCAAAUGGACAUCAAUCUGAGGUUCCUGAAAGCCUGCGUUGUGCAACCAGACCCAUAGCAUUAACCCACCCUGAUUACAGGGUCAUCGCAGAAGCACAGCUGACGGCGAGUGGUUUCUCAGAAGCCACGGAUUUAAGUCGACGUCUGGUGACCCUCAUCAACCUGGCCAAAGAUUUCAAUUGUCUGCCUGAUUUCAUGGGUGUCAACCAGAGCUGCUAUCUUCAUAUCCUGCAGAGGAUCAUCCAUGCCUCUGAAAUACACUUACAACAAAUUAUAAGGCAACGUGGAACAUCAGAUGAACCUACAGGACUGGCUGCAGAGCACCCUGAUCAAACAUCAGCUCAAGAUGAGAAAGAAACUGUCGUCGAGCCGAACAUAAAUGAACCCGGGAAGCCCGUCAGACUGCGCAGAUCCCAUCUGUUGGUUGUGCGGGGGUUGAUGGAGGAGGAAGCCAUCGUCAAAGCAGUUCUCUCCAUCUUAUUACCCCUGAUCGUUGAGGAGAAGAAGGCCUCACAGUUCAACGUAAUCUUUAAGGAAACCCUCCCUUUAGUCUGUCAGUUCCCUUUUUUCCAACAGUACAUGGAGGAUGAAGAGAAGAACCAAAUUAAAGAAGCGGUCUCAGAAGAAGUGCAAAGGCUUGGGUUUCACUUUGACACUGAGAUGAUGCACAGCGCUCUCACGCUCCACCGCUCCACGAAGGUCUCUCAGGCAGUCGUUCUUCUGGGCCCGCCAGGCAGCGGAAAGACCACUUGCCUCACUGCUUUAGUUGGAGCUCUCAAUUCUCUGGUGUCUUCUGCAAGGUUUGUAAAAGAUGAACAAACUGGAGGAGAUACACCGCAGGCCGAGUCGAGGACCUCGUCUUUAACCUGGAGCUCUGUUGACCCUGUGGUGUUGUUUCCUAACACCAUGUCUAAUGAGGAGGUCUUUGGAUUUUUCUGUGAAAGAAGAGGAUGGCAGGAUGGUGCCGUUUCAAGGGUGCUGAGGGAUGUAGGACAACGUGAGCAAACAGGUCAAAUCUGCACCUCUGACAAACCUGAUCACACGCCAAUAACAACGUGGCUCCUGAUGGAUGGGGAACCUGCAGGGCAGCCUGGGUGGUUAGAUCACCUGACCACGCUCUGCAGUCCGGACGACCCUUUUCUUUUCCUUCCAUCAUGUGAAGUCCUGCGCUCCCACUCACACCUGAAGCUUCUCAUUGAGACCUCAGACCUACGCGAUGCGAGUCCCUCUGCAGUGACCCGCUGCAGCCUGGUGUAUUUCAGAGGGUCUGAUCUGUGGAGAGCCGUGUGGAAGAGUGAACUGGAUGCUCUCUCUUACAAACACAAACUGGGCCAAGAGACCUUGAAAGUGUGGGGUCGUCUGUCUGAAGAUCUUUUCCCCAGAACACUGAGUUUCAUCAGGGAGAAUUCUUUAUCCUCUGCAGUCCAAAGCAAAGAAGGAUCUCUCAGCACCUCCACAUAUGGUCUGCAAGAGAUCACGUCAUUCGUCCGGAUCCUCCGCGCCCUCUUAUGGAGUUAUGGAAAUGAAGUGGUGAAGGCUGAGGCAAACCAACAAACGGGCGAUAAAGGUAAAAAUGUGACGAACUAUUACAGAGAUACAAAGUUGUUGGGAUUUCUGAUUCAUUUUUCUCCCACUAGAUAAUCUGAUAGAAGAAAGCAGCGCAGCAGGCACAGAUCCUGACCCCAAACAGUCCCUGCUCAGUAGAAACCUGUUCCUUAUAGCUUACAUCUGGGGAUUCGGUGGACAUCUGCAUUCUUGGUAAGUGUGUGAUCUAGGGCUGCUCGACUUUGGCCAAAAUCGAAAUCCAGAUUUUUAUUCUCUGAAAACUCGAUUUUUGACUUUGAUAUUAUAUUCAGUGACGACUUCACCAAACUUCACUUUAUAAAUAAAAAGUUUUUCUAUCGUCUCUCAAAAUUAAACCACUGAAAACGAUGUAGUACAUAUGCCGAGCCAGUGAGUGGCGCUGUAACGCUGCUCAGGAAAUGCACAAAGACAGAAGAAGAGUACAGAGCAUGUGUAUAAAGGUUGUUCUGGCGCCAUAAAAGAGUUCCUCUGUGUGUCACAUGAUCGUUUCCAGAGAUGCAGAUAGACAUCCACACGGAGAUGAAAUGGUCGUCGUUUACAGAUUUAUUCACUCUCUGACCCGUUUUUAAAAAGUACCGUUUACAGUCACCUGAAACGCCGAUACGACAAAAAACUUUAUCGUUUCCUCCUGAAUUAGUUUCCAUGGUGACGGGUUGAUACCGCCUUCAGACAGACUUUACAGCGGGGAGUGGUUUACUCUUCAUCUGAAACUGUGAAGUCGUACCAAUUCAACACGACUGACUCGCUCUUGUCCUAUUUAACCACCAAAUUAUCGCCUUCUUUAGUAAACGCCAUGUUUGUUUACACUGGUGUGUGAGGGAGGAGGAGCCUACGGUGGCCUGGAGGUGUGAGACCUGAUAGAGAGGAAAAUUGAUUUGACAAUUUUGAUCUUUUUAACAUCAUCAUGAUUCAAUAAUCCGAUUACGAUUUAAAAUCGAUGAAUCGCGGAGCCCUAAUGUGAUUGUUUUCUAGGAAAAGACACUCCGUACACACACACACACACACACACACACACACACACACACACACACACACACAUCAGUCAGUAAUUCCUUUGCUGUGUUUGUUGAAUCUCCACUUUAGUCACUGGCCUCAGUUUGACUCACUGACCCGCCAAGUCCUGUAUGAUUGCCGGUACCAGAUUGUGGUCCCUGAUGGAGAGAGUGUGUUCGAGCACUUCUUCAACACCAACAGAAGGAUGUGCCACAAGAAUACGCUGUUGACCCGUGACAUCCCUCCAAAGGUUUGUCCUUAUCGCUCUAUCACUAAUAGAAAUAAGAAUCACUGCCUUCAAACAUUCUGACUCAUGAGCGUUUCCUGUUUUUUUGACCCAGUAUGAUAAACACACACUCCUCCUGAACCUCCUGUUGGAGACGAACCAGCCGGUGUUGCUGGCAGGAGAGCCUGGCUCCGGGAAAACAGCACUUUGUAAAACCCUGCUGAGUUUUGACAAGCCACAUGUUAGCCUACAAGGCAGUCCUCUCCUGAGCUCUGGAGACCUCCGCACAAUCAUAAGCUGCAUCAAUAAUGAAGACACCAAACAGUCCAUGGAGAGAAAGCCCAAACUCCUUCUUUUUGUGGAUGAUUUGCACGAAGCCCCUUGUGGUGAGUGAGAAAAACGCGCCUUUGAAAGAACAAAUGAAGGUCGGCUGUAUGAAGGUUUUUAAUAUUCUGUUUCUGUUCACAGACGUCUUUGGGAGGACUUCAACGGUCCAGGAGACUCUGCGCCAGAUGAUUUCAACUGGAGGAAUCCUCACGGGUGAUAGCUACCAUUUUAGGCUGAUGAGUUCCAGUUGCAUCCGCUACAUGGCUACCUGUUGUACUUUCGGUAGUUCAAUAUCCUCCAGACUGUCCCGCCUGUUCUCAGUCUUGGUGCUGCCUGGCCUCGGUGUGGACGUCAUAUUCUCCCUACAUUCUCGUCAGCUAAGAAUCUGGCUGGAAAAAACGCCCCUGAAGCGGAGUCUUGAGGAUGCGGCGCACAGCAUCAUCGCUGCGACCACAAAUCUGCUUGAUGCCGUAUGUGAGCAGUUCCCGCCUACUUCCCACAGGCCUCAUUUCAUGUUUUCCCAUCAUGACCUGCAGAAAGUGUUCUCGGGAAUGUGUCUGUGGCGGCCAGAAAACCCAACACUGAUGCAGGGAAAGGAGGAACCACCACCAAACAUCGCACAUCUGUGGAUGCACGAGUGUAUGCGUACGUUCGGUGACAGGCUGUGCACCGAGGAGGAACGAAAAACUCUUGUUUCACUCAUAUCUCAGACAGCGACAGCACAUUAUGAGAUCAGUUUGGAUGGCAAAAACACCGUCGAAGGCCCGAGUCCUCACACGCUGCCCGCAGAAACUCAUCCUCUGCAGCCGGAGAACGCCAUCUCCAAGCUGGUCUACGGUCCUGCGCUCUCGGAGGCCCGAAAGUUUGUGAACCAGACGUAUCAGGACCAAAAUGUUGAAGUGCUGCAGGAGGAGCUUCAGAAGCUUGGUGCUCUCAUGGACAGAGAGGAGGAGAAAGGUGACGACAGUAUUACCACCAGAGUACUUGUACACAGGCAGAAUGUCAGUCAGCUGUUGCAUAUACUCAGAGGAUUACUCAUACCUGCAGGUCAUGGGUUGCUUAUGAGCUCAGAGAGAGGCACAGGCCGUAAAACCGCUGUGCGCCUCGCUGCCAGUCUCAUGGGUUACCGGUUGAUGGAGGUGCAUCCUGGUAAUGAGAACAACCUACACAAAAUCCUAAAAGAAGCUGAGAAUCAAACUAGAGAGGAAGGAGUGAAUGUCGUCAUACUGGUCCACGAAGGAAUUCAGCCGUCUGUCCGAGAAGAACUUUUGGCGGCAAUGACCUGCGGAGCCUAUCCAGGGCGCCACACAGAGGAGGAGCUGAGGGAUCUCGCCUCCAGAAUGACUGCGGUGAAAAACUCGAGAAGAUAUCUGAUGGACUGUUGGAAGUUUCAGAGGUAAGAGAAGAAAACUCGAUUCAUAUCUCAGAGAAGUUUGACAUGUUAAGACAAGUGAAAGUCAUCACACAGACUGGAAACGCUGUAACUCAAACUAAUUUACCAUAAAACUUAGAUAUUAAUGAUUGAAUGAUGUUUUUGUUCUUUUAUAAAGGACUUUGGACCAAAUCCACAAACAUGUCCAUGUGUUCCUGUUGCUCCCCUCCUCCAUGUGGGGCAGUAGUGAGACUCCUUCAAACAAGGAAACCCAAAGAUGGAAGGUAAAUGUGUUUUAUUGGAUAAUGUAGAAGCUAAGCCACGCUUUAAGCUACUGAGGUAUUUCAUACAGGAAACCUUCUUGACGCGCUGUUACUCCACCUCGCGGAUUAAUGAGAGUCCAGUUGAUCGGUGUUUAAGAUGCAAACAAGCCCAUUUAUUUGACAUCUAAUGCUUUGAUUCACACUCUCAAACGAACAUUUCAAAACAUACGGCAGCGUCAGCGGUCAAAAACUGUUUCCCCUCGCUCCGGUAGGAAACACCUGACGAGCCUCCGAAGGUUCCCACUCUAUAUAGGCUGACCCGUCACAGUUAUGACACACAACAAUUAACCGUAAAUCUGCUCUUACAGAUAACUAAUGGUGCGUUCCAGUUGUACUCGGAAGUCGGGAUUUCCGAUCUCAUUUCAACUGGAAUGACCCCUGAGGUCAGAUUUCAGACUCGCAAAGAUGGCGGCGCAGGUCCUGUAACAGAAAAGAGAGGCUACUUUCUGCGCCUUUGUGUUUUCUCUUCAUCCACCGUGUUUGCAGGUCGCAGAAGGACGACAUAUUUGUUAAUAUACGGACAAGACAAGCGUGAGAAUAACUUUCGUAGAUGUAAACAUCUUGUUUCCGCUUCAGUUUUUGGCCGUUUUUUACUUUUUUCCGACUUUGUAACUGAAACGCCGAUAACUCGGGUGUGACGUCAUUCCCAGCUCCAACUUCUGACUUCCGAGGUAACUGGAACGCUCCAUAAACUUGUCAUUGUUUCUUUGCACCUGUAUCUGCUACAGUGCAGGAAAAAAACAUGUAUUUCAGCUCAGUGUAAAAUCUGUGACGUAGGCCCAGCUGACCAGAGCCUUGAGUCGCUGUUGUUGUGUGGAGGUCUACCAGCCUUGGUCCAGUCAGUCUUUAGUGGAAGCUGCUGCUCAGUGCCUCAAAGACCAGAGUGAGUCAAGCUCGGACCCUUCUCACUUUAAUUUGACCUUCUUUAACUGUCAGUGUUAAUUCAAGACUGAACCAAUACCUGUCGUUUCUUUUAUUAUGUAUCUAGUGGACAGAGACGGAUCAGAGGUCAGCCUGUCCGUGGUUAUGGCAGGAAUUCACCAGUCUGCGUGUCAGUAUGCGUCCGUCUUUCUAGCAGCUCAGCCGUUCAGCCCUCAGACUUAUAUCCAGUUCAUCGCCCACUUUGGUCACCUCUUUGAACACCUGCGCAAGCAGAUCUCGACCAACAGGUAGUUCUUCAUCGAGUUGAUAAGCAGGAGUUUUUAUUUGUUGUCCUGAUGGCUUUAAAAACUACAUACUGAUGUUUUAAUUCCUUUAUUUUUCUUCAGUAAGAGCAAAGUUCUGUCUCAGUUGGACGUCAUGAAGAAAACAGCUCUGGAGUUCAAACAAAAGAUGUUAGGAGUUCAACGACAGCUCGCUGCGACCCAGCAGGUGAUUAAAGACAUUUAACACACGCAGUCGAGUAAAAUCAAUACUUAGUAUAAUCAUUGACCUGACCACGAGGGGUCAGUUCUCACUGUAACACAGUAACGUCAACUUAGUUUUGAAGUAGAGAAAUUAAAGUCAUAGAACAGAACGUGUGUCUCUGGGGUGUUCAGAAACAACUGCUGUGAAAAUCUCUCUUUGCAAAAUGAAAAUGUAGUGAUUUGUAGAAACUGUGUCUCUCCGCCCUGCAGCGCAUGGAAAAGCUCCUCGGAGUGAUCGGUUACCAGAAACGCCGACUUGAGGAAGCCGAAGAGACGAUCGCUCAAAAGGAGAAAGAGAUGGAGGAGGAGUUGGAGGAGUUGGAGGAGAGGGUGAGUCCUGAUCAGAAACAGCUCCACGGAGCCCCUGCUUUAUUGAAAUCUGCAUCGAGUCGGAUCGAUUUAACCGAGAAGAGUCAGAAACAGAAUCAUAAAAUCUCAGAGGUUCAGAUCUGUAGCAGUCAUGUCCCUCUGAACAGUUCAGACGACGUAAAGGAGAAUGAUCUCAGUGUGUAUAAACUCUCCCUCCAGAUAAACGCCGUUUUCACGCCGGCCCUCAAAAGUCUGUCUUAUCUGAACCCGUCUGACCUGGAGGAGGUGCGCCACUACAGAGAUCCACCCGAUGGAGUGGUGAAAAUAAUGGACGCCAUUUGUUUGUUGUUUGCUCGUCCACCCGGCUGGGAGACGGCUAAACAGCUUCUUGGACAGCCCAACUUUUUCCAGGUGUGUGUGGAUCGUAUGAUGAGGUGUAAUCCCGGGUCAGACUGCUCUUUUAUACGGUUCCUUCAGAGAGCGUUAGCUGAUGUCUUUCCUGCUUCUAUCAUCUUAGGAGUUGGAAUUUUUCGAUCGCUACAGUUUGACGGACGAGCAGCUGCAGCAGCUCGGCGAAAUAGUUCACAGCCCUCAGUUUGUACCAGAGUCUGUGCGAGAGGUGAGCAGGGCCUGUGAGUCUCUGUGCCGAUGGGUCACGGCUGUGUACGGGGGCUACCGCGCGCAACGUGAUCUGCGGGAAUUCAAAAGAGAGACGCACCUACAUCUGAACCCAGCCAGACAGCAAAAGGCCGAGGCGGAGAGGUGUCUGAAGGACGCCGAGCAUCAGUUACAGUUUGUUGUAAAAGAAUCGGAGGAGCAGAUUGUGGAUCUGCGUGCAGCUCAAAGAUCGGUGGAAGAAGCUGACAGAGCGACGCUGCUGUUGGAGACAAAUGUCAGUGAGUGGAGGACUGCUGCUCAGGUAACACACAUCAGAAACACCCCUCAGUGUUUUUAGAUCCUGAUUUUUAAUUCAUCGUUUUUAUUCUGACUGUGUCUCAAAUCUUCCAGCUGGAGGAGGAGCCGACCCUGCUCGGCGAUGCUCUUAUCCUGGCUGCAGUCAUCUCUUAUUUAGGCCCCUUUGCACCUGAUAUGCGCGCAGAAUUAUUGAGCAAGUGGGGGGAGCUAUGUCAGACUGGAAGCAUCAAAAUAAACCCCAAGGAUCCUCGAGCUUCCUUAUUCACACACUCUGACAGCGAACCUCUCCAUCCUCUUCCUGGCUUCCCCAUCCCUGUGUCUCAGAGGACGCAGCUGCCAGUGAGUCGGGCGUUGGGGAUCCACGAGGAUGUCCCCCUGGACAGGAUGAUUGUAAAGCUGCUGCUGUGGGGCUGCAUGAGGACCUGGGUUCAGCACUGGCCUUUACUGGUGGAUGUCCAGCAACAUUUGGACAUCAGCGCCCAGAGGUGGCUGGUCUUAGGUAGGUCCUCAGACAGACAGACAGACAGACAGACGUGUCCCAGAACAAAGCUGCUGUUGUCAGGGUAACCCUUGCUGCAAAGAUAUACAACAUGACGCUCUACUGUUUCUGCUGUUUCCCUGAUAUCUUGAUGUACAGCCCAGUUUGCAAACAGCACAUCAGUCACACAACUUUGUGCACUUUUUGUCUGUCGAGAAAAUCUCUGCAGAGCUUGUGUGAAACUCGUAGAGUAAACCAACAGUUCCUUCUCUGCAGGUGACAGUUCCACGCUCGACACGGAGACACAGUGUGGGAUGGUGGUUCGUGCAGAUGACCCUGAGUUACUGAGCAAGCUCAACCAGGCUGCAGUGGAAGGUGACCUCAGUUUAUAACUUAUCAACACUCUCUGUUAGUUACACCAACCCUCACUGUCUCUGUGCAGUUUACUCCACUGUUGCGUCGUAUUGUGUUGUGAGAUGAGCUGUAAGCGUCCUCACCGACAGUCUGCUCCAAAAGUCUUUAUCUGUUUAUCGUGGAUUAAACUCGUGACUCAGACAUCCCCAGUUUACGUCUCUUAGAGCAAACAAGUGAGAAGCAGCUCAGACCAUUAGAAAAAACCCAGACAGCCCAGAUUAAUUAAUUUAACCUCUUAUCAUUUUAAAAAUUACGUACAAACAUGUAUUACAAAUUUAUGAUGUCUCUAAGGUCUGUUUUUCUUUUACACUUAGAGGUAGGGCCGCACGAUUCAUCGAUUUUAAAUCAUUAUCAGAUUAUCUAAUCAUGAUGAUGUUAAAAAAAUUAAAAUCCUCAAAUCCAUUUUCCUCUCUAUCAUGUCUCGCUCCUCCAGGCCACCGUAGGCUCCUCCUCCUCCCACACACACCAGUGUAAACAAACAUGGCGUUUGCUAAAGAAGGCGAUAAUUUCGUGGUUAAAUAGGACAAGAGCGAGUCAGUCGUGUUGAAUUGGUACGACUUCACAGUUUCAGAUGAAGAGUAAACCACUCCCCGCUGUAAAGUCUGUCUGAAGGCGGUAUCAACCCGUCACCAUGGAAACGGUUUCAGGAGGAAACACUAAAGUUUUUGUCGUAUCGGCGUUUCAGGUGACUGUAAACGGUACUUUUUGAAAACUGCCACUUACUGACUCGGCAUAUGAACUACAUCGUUUUUUGAGGUUUCAUUUUGAAAGACGAUAGAGAAACUUUUUAUUAAAGUGAAGUUCGUUGAAGUUGUCACUGAAUAAAAAAUUGAAAUCGAGUUUUCAGAGAGAAGAUUCUGUCUUUUAUCCUGCAGCUCGAACUCUUACUCCGCCUCGUGUGUUUGCAGGUUUCAGAGUUUUGGUCACCCACGUGGAGCGAGCCGUCCCCGGUCCACUGUUUCUGUCCAGAUUGACACGUCAUGCUGGAUGUUGUUCUCCAGGGAGUAAACAACAUAUCCAGAAAACCCACCCUGAUUUCAGCCUCAUCUUGAGUACAGACCUGCCCGCCCAAAUGCUGAGUAACGGUAAGAAACGGUGGUGGAGUCUUAUACACGCACAUGUUGUUGAAAUCUUGUUGAGAAAAGGUGGAUACACAAAAACUUUAACAGAUUAGAUCACAACUGGAAGUGCACGAUGUAUUGAUCCUUUUUCAGGGUGUGUAUAAAAGCGUGUUGAGAUGAACUCCUCUGACUCAUCUGAAAGUAGCGGCUCACUUUGUGUUGUUGUUGUUUUUUUUCUCUGCAGCGAUUCAUCCAUCCAUCCUGGCUCAGGUAGGCGUGGUUGACCUCUCCCUCAGCUCAGAAGAGAUCCAGGAGCUGAUGCUGACACAGCUGCUGCAGUCUGAAUGUAAAGAGCUGCUGAGUCUGCACUCGCGGAUCCUGAAUGACAAACAGUUGCUGCAUGAGAAGCUGGUGUCAAAAGAGGUGACGAGACCCCGAUUUAUAAUCAUAGGAAGCAAACGCCGCAGGAGAAGAGUUAACGUCUGUUGGUGUUCGUACUUCUCUCUGUUUGGAGCAAAAAUCGAUGUUUCGUCUUAAACAUGAAUCAGAGUUUUUUUAAUUGGAAUUAUUAUUUUGCUAAUUGUUUCUGCUCAAAGAUCAAUGAUCAGCCCUUUGCUUUGUUUUCAGUCGGUGUCAUAAUAAUCCUCGUCUUAUUUCAGGAUUAUCUCAUCGACUUCAUCCUGCAGAAUAACGUCCUCCUGCUGAAGGACUCCGACUCCCUCUCUGUUGUGGCUGCUUGUCAAACAGAGAUGAAGAAACUGCAGUCAGAGGUCCAGCAGCUGAGUGACACGCUGGAGGACCAGGAGUCUCUGCUGGUUGUGCCCCGACAGUUAAUGAGGCUGGCUGCUGACCUCUUCCAGGCUCUACAGGGGGUGUCCCGUCUCUCACCCGCCUACCACUUUCCCCUACAAAGCUUCUCUGCAGUUAUGCAAGAGGCCUUUGUUAUCGAGGGCAGGCCAAUAGUACCGUACAGGACUGCAAACGUGCCAAAGGAGGUCAUAGCAGAGGUCACGAACAGGAUGGUUCACCAGCUGCUGCUCCAGUAUCGACCUCUGCUCUUCAAGAAUCACGCCGCCGUCCUGAAGCUGCUGGUGUCUGUGACUCUGCUCCAACACGACCAGCUCUGCUCCGAGGCUGAGAGAGCGGCUUUCACCAGGGGCCUUCAGGAUAUGAGGCACACUCUGACUGUUGUCCCUCCUUCCACGUCAUCUUCAUCCACCAGUGCUCUGCCUGGCUGGAUACCUCCCCAUACCCACCAAGAGCUCCUCCUCCUGGAGCAGGUGUCUGGUUUUGAAGGCUUGAUUGCCUCUCUCUCCAGUAACUCUGCACAGUGGCAGGAGUACCUGCUGUCCCCAUCGUCUAUCUUAGCAGAACCUGUUCUCUGUCCCUCUCAUUCCCAUCUGUCUCUGCUUCAGCGAGCGCUCCUCUUUAAGACUGUGAUCCCUAACUGUCUGGAGGGACUCGCUGAAACCGUCGCGGCCUACUACCCUUUCCUUUUAGGACAGAGACGGAGGUCUGAGGCCCCACAUGUCAGGAAUCCUGAAGCUCUCUUACAGUUUCUCUCCAAACACGAGGGACCCAUCAUCCUCACAUUACCCAGUCAGAGAGGAGAGACGUGGACGAGCGUUCGAGCUCUUCCUUUAAUAAAGAGACUGGCCCUCUGUGCAGCACAAGCUAAUGAGGUAAGACACUCCUCUCCAUGUGGUUCUGAUUAAAGGGCUGAAACUAAUUAAAAACUUUGACUCAUUCACACAGGAGCUAUAAUCAUCUGAUAUCACAGCUUAGACUUAAACAAAUCUGGAGUUAGAUCACAAGAAAGGAAAAAAUACAGACAAUGAUUCAAGAAGAAAAGAAACGUUUGAUUUUACUCAGUAAAACUCGUCAGGACCUCUGAGCACAGAUGUGGUCUGUGUGAGGUCAGGUGCAGCUGGUCGAUUAAAACAUCUGUGAACGAUCAGGGUGGGAGAAGAAACUGAUACAGCGUAGAGUCACGAUAUUUGUCUGGUGAUGUAUCCUGUCGUCUCACUGACCAAGUUUUCAGAUUAAUUAUUAAUAUGAAGUCAAAUCUAUAAUAAUGGAAAAAUGAAAUCAGCCGUUUGUCCAGUGAGGUUGGCAGAGGAGACGUCUUAGAGCAGGAGAGAGUUAGUACAACAAAUAUAUAUAUAUAUAAAUAUAUAUAUAUAUGUAUAUGUAUAUAUAUAUAUAUAUAAGAGCUGCGUGGAGGUGGUAGUUCAUGGUAUGGGGAUGUUUAUCAGGUGAUGGAGUAGGAGAUUUGUUUUAAGUAAAGGGUAUCAUGAAGAAGGAACAGUACCACUCCAUCGUCCAGCACCAUGCUGCUCCAUCUGGACUCAGACUUGUGGCUCAUAUAGUCAUGUUUCUUGUGUUGCAAAUUAUAUUAAUGAAACUCUGAUCUUUUUUGUACAAAUCUGAUCUUGUUUCCAAACGUUUGGCCUGUGGUGUAUUAUUUAUUAUUUUUUCUAAGUUUCACUUCUGGCCUCCUUUUCUGUGCGGAUGAUCAGUCCGUCACUUUAAAUGUAAAAGACAAAAGUUGAUGAAAGUUCGUUCUUUUUUCAGAUCCAGCUGAAAGUCGUUUCUCUUGAAGCUCUUUGUGACAGAGACCUGAUUCUCUCCGCCCUGGACCGAGCGGUCGCUGACGGUCACUGGUUGGUCUUUAACGGCUGUCACCUGAUGGAACGAUGGGACCGUGAAGUCGUGGCUCGCCUCAGUCUGUCCGUCUCCGCUUCAAGAGGUCGGUGACCCGUCAAGAAUCGACUUUUUUUGGCCUCAUUACAAAACUGAAACCAAAAGUUUUCAGCCGGUUCUUUUGUUUGUGUCUCCUCUGACAUUUUGCUUUCCUGCCCACUGAUCGUACAGAGGAGCGGAGCCUGAGUCACCCCGGCUUUCGUUUAUGGUUUAUAACUCAAGAAUAUGCAUUUUGCUCAAUACCAGGUAGGUGUUUUAUAUUUAUUAUCAUGCAGUCACUGUUAUUGUUUUAUUCAAGGUCAGUCACCAUGGCUGCAGUCUGUGGGAUGGAUGCGUUUUUCAUCACGUUUAUCAGACUUUAAAAAAUACCUCAUUAUAUGGAUUCAUAUUCAGAACUUCAAGGUUAUCAGCCUUUAUGAGUUCAACAUAGUCUUCAGUUUUACGUCUGUUACGUUUAAGAGUAAAAAGUAGGUUUAACGGUUGGUCCUGAUUGAUCCUCCGGCAGCCUCUGUGCGGACGCUCGCCCUGCCUCUGGUCUGCGACCCUCCCUGGGAUCUGGCGCAGGAGCUGAGCAGCUCCUUCCGAGAAGUAUCGUCCAUCAUACCGAGUAAAAUACCGCCUGGUGUCACAGCAGACAAGAAAGAAGUCCUCCUCCUCCUCCGCUGUGCCAUCUUCCACUCAGUGUUACUGCAGAGACAGGCCUAUAAAUACUUGGGCCAGGGGGGACGCUACACUUGGUGAGGAAAUAGGACAAAGUACUGUGAGGAGUUGAUUUGUGGUGGUGGAGCUGUCUGUUCCUGAAGUUCAGUUGGACUUACAGUUUCUACCUGAAUAAGUGUGUCAGUCUUUAAAAUAACAGUCUGAGGAGAAAACUUGGAUGUGUCGUGAAGGAAGUAAAAUAAAUACGUUUGUGUUUGAUGUGAAGGAAAAUAUAAAAAUAAAAUAAUAUAUAAUAAUAAUAAUAUAAUAAUAUAAAAAUGAUUACGUUUGUGUUUGAUGUGAAGGAAUCAGAGCGACCUGCAGGCUCUGAUGGACGCACACGCCAGUAUUUCCAGCCUCUGUCAUGACGAGGAUAAAGCUUUACGAUACACAGCAGGUGAUGGAGCUUUAACACACAACAUGGUCACUCUGCUUCAUCUACUUCAUCCUCUCACCUGCGUGUUCAUUUACAGUGAACCUCGUCCACGGGGGCCACGUACUGGACUCCGGAGAUCUGAAUAUGUUGGAGGGCAUCGCAGAGACCUGUUUGGGCAGAUCACCACCCCUCUUGGGCAGCGGACCUCACGUCUUAGUGGAUAUUCUAACAAACACGGGAAACUUUGGUAACAAAAACAAACAUAACACACUUCUAAUGAGUCUAAUGAUUGGACGGUGUGCUGAAGAAAACGGACCACUUUGACUUCACCUUUUAAAACUUAGCUCAGCGCAGUUCUCUUAGAUGUACUGAAUCACAAGAAUCAGUUCAUUAAGGAGAUUCGUUCAAAAGAUUCGUUCACUGAAUCACCGAAUCAUUCAGCGCUUGGUGGGAGGAGCCUGUGACUCCGACUUCCUGAACUGAUUCACAGAUAAACGGUUUAGGGAGACGAGAGUGAUGUGGCUGUAAACUGGGCUCAGUGAGCAUUUACCCCACAGUCCAUUCAGUGAAGAAUGAACCUGUGGGUUUUAUACACGACUUGUUACAUGCUGCGUCCUCCUGUACACGAGUCGUUGUGGUGGUUAUUUAGCAGAGUUUAAAAAAAAGUUAGUUUUCUCUGAGGUAGACUUGAACACACUCUUACCUCCCUCUGUCGCUCCUGUCAAGAGUUUACUAACAUUUUAAGUUUGUCUGAUUGGGAACUAAUCACUAUAGGAAGUGAUUCGGUUCAGUAUGUUCACUGAAAAGAUUCGGUUCUUUUGAACGAAUCAUUCCCGAACACUUCUGUUUUUUCAUGCAGAGAAAGAAAUGACUAGAGCACUGUUUUUUCUGACUGUUUUCUGACUGUUUUCUGACUGUUUUCUGGGACUGUUUUUUCUGACUGUUUACUGAGACUGUUUUUUCUGACUUUUCUGAGACUGUUUUUCCUGACUGUUUUCUGUGACUGUUUUCCUGACUGUUUUUCCUGACUGUUUUCCUGACUGUUUUCCUGACUGUUUUCCUGACUGUUUUCCUGACUGUUUUUUCUGACUGUUUUUCCUGACUGUUUUUCCUGACUGUUUUCUGAGACUGUUUUUCCUGACUGUUUUCUGUGACUGUUUUCCUGACUGUUUUCUGAGACUGUUUUCCUGACUGUUUUCUGAGACUGUUUUUCCUGACUGUUUUCUGUGACUGUUUUCCUGACUGUUUUCUGAGACUGUUUUUUCUGACUGUUUUUUCUGACUUUUGUGUGACUGUUUUUUCUGACUUUUCUGAGACUGUUUUUCCUGACUGUUUUCUGUGACUGUUUUCCUGACUGUUUUUCCUGACUGUUUUUCUUGACUGUUUUUCCUGACUGUUUUCUGAGACUGUUUUUCCUGACUGUUUUUUCUGACUGUUUUCUGUGACUUUUUUUUCUGACUGUUUUUUCUGACUUUUCUGUGACUGUUUUUUCUGACUGUUUUCUGAGACUGUUUUUUCUGACUUUUCUGAGACUGUUUUUCCUGACUGUUUUCUGUGACUGUUUUCCUGACUGUUUUUCCUGACUGUUUUCCUGACUGUUUUCCUGACUGUUUUUCCUGACUGUUUUCCUGACUGUUUUUCCUGACUGUUUUUCCUGACUGUUUUCUGAGACUGUUUUUCCUGACUGUUUUCUGUGACUGUUUUCCUGACUGUUUUCUGAGACUGUUUUCCUGACUGUUUUCUGAGACUGUUUUUCCUGACUGUUUUCUGUGACUGUUUUCCUGACUGUUUUCUGAGACUGUUUUUUCUGACUGUUUUUUCUGACUUUUGUGUGACUGUUUUUUCUGACUUUUCUGAGACUGUUUUUCCUGACUGUUUUCUGUGACUGUUUUCCUGACUGUUUUUCUUGACUGUUUUUCCUGACUGUUUUCUGAGACUGUUUUUCCUGACUGUUUUUUCUGACUGUUUUCUGUGACUUUUUUUCUGACUGUUUUUUCUGACUUUUCUGUGACUGUUUUCUGAGACUGUUUUUUCUGACUUUUCUGAGACUGUUUUUCCUGACUGUGUUUUCUGUGACUGUUUUCCUGACUGUUUUUCCUGACUGUUUUCCUGACUGUUUUCCUGACUGUUUUUCCUGACUGUUUUCCUGACUGUUUUUCCUGACUGUUUUUCCUGACUGUUUUCUGAGACUGUUUUUCCUGACUGUUUUCUGUGACUGUUUUCCUGACUGUUUUCUGUGACUGUUUUCCUGACUGUUUUCUGAGACUGUUUUCCUGACUGUUUUCUGUGACUGUUUUCCUGACUGUUUUCUGAGACUGUUUUCCUGACUGUUUUCUGAGACUGUUUUUCCUGACUGUUUUCUGUGACUGUUUUCCUGACUGUUUUCUGAGACUGUUUUUUCUGACUUUUGUGUGACUGUUUUUUCUGACUUUUCUGAGACUGUUUUUCCUGACUGUUUUCUGUGACUGUUUUCCUGACUGUUUUUCCUGACUGUUUUUCCUGACUGUUUUCUGUGACUGUUUUUCCUGACAGUUUUUCCUGACUGUUUUCUAAAUGUUUUCUCAGACUGUUUUCUUUUGACUGUUUUCUCAGACUGUUUUUCCUGACUGUUUUUCCUGCCUUUUCUGAGACUGUUUUUUCUGACUGUUUUCUGUGACUGUUUUCCUGACUGUUUUCUGAGACUGUUUUCUGUGACUGUUUUCCUGACUGUUUUCUGAGACUGUUUUCCUGACUGUUUUCUGAGACUGUUUUUCCUGACUGUUUUCUGUGACUGUUUUCCUGACUGUUUUCUGAGACUGUUUUUUCUGACUUUUGUGUGACUGUUUUUUCUGACUUUUCUGAGACUGUUUUUCCUGACUGUUUUCUGUGACUGUUUUCCUGACUGUUUUUCCUGACUGUUUUUCCUGACUGUUUUCUGUGACUGUUUUUCCUGACAGUUUUUCCUGACUGUUUUCUAAAUGUUUUCUCAGACUGUUUUCUUUUGACUGUUUUCUCAGACUGUUUUUCCUGACUGUUUUUCCUGACUUUUCUGAGACUGUUUUUUCUGACUGUUUUCUAAAUGUUUUCACAGACUGUUUUUCCUGACUGUUUUCUGUGGCUGUUUUCUCAGACUGUUUUUCCUGACUGUUUUCUGUGACUGUUUUCCUGACUGUUUUCUGAGACUGUUUUUUCUGACUGUUUUUUCUGACUUUUGUGUGACUGUUUUUUCUGACUUUUCUGAGACUGUUUUUCCUGACUGUUUUCUGUGACUGUUUUCCUGACUGUUUUUCUUGACUGUUUUUCCUGACUGUUUUCUGAGACUGUUUUUCCUGACUGUUUUUUCUGACUGUUUUCUGUGACUUUUUUUCUGACUGUUUUUUCUGACUUUUCUGUGACUGUUUUCUGAGACUGUUUUUUCUGACUUUUCUGAGACUGUUUUUCCUGACUGUUUUCUGUGACUGUUUUCCUGACUGUUUUUCCUGACUGUUUUCCUGACUGUUUUCCUGACUGUUUUCCUGACUGUUUUUCCUGACUGUUUUCCUGACUGUUUUUCCUGACUGUUUUUCCUGACUGUUUUCUGAGACUGUUUUUCCUGACUGUUUUCUGUGACUGUUUUCCUGACUGUUUUCUGUGACUGUUUUCCUGACUGUUUUCUGAGACUGUUUUCCUGACUGUUUUCUGUGACUGUUUUCUGAGACUGUUUUCCUGACUGUUUUCUGAGACUGUUUUUCCUGACUGUUUUCUGUGACUGUUUUCCUGACUGUUUUCUGAGACUGUUUUUUCUGACUUUUGUGUGACUGUUUUUUCUGACUUUUCUGAGACUGUUUUUCCUGACUGUUUUCUGUGACUGUUUUCCUGACUGUUUUUCCUGACUGUUUUUCCUGACUGUUUUCUGUGACUGUUUUUCCUGACAGUUUUUCCUGACUGUUUUCUAAAUGUUUUCUCAGACUGUUUUCUUUUGACUGUUUUCUCAGACUGUUUUUCCUGACUGUUUUUCCUGACUUUUCUGAGACUGUUUUUUCUGACUGUUUUCUAAAUGUUUUCACAGACUGUUUUUCCUGACUGUUUUCUGUGGCUGUUUUCUCAGACUGUUUUUUCUGACUUUUCUGUGACUGUUUUCUGUGACUGUUUUCUGACUGGUUUCAAACAUGAAUCAUGGAGAUGUUUGUGUUUUUGUUCUGUUCAGCACCAAGUAUUGAUUGUGUCUCAGAUUUUUCAGGACUACAGCGGAUUGUGGAGCAGGAUUCAGCGGACAUAAACGACCCCCUCACACUCGGCUUCAGUGGCGAAGAUGCAGCUGAGAUCCGGACGAUCAAUAAUCAUCAUUUGAAUAUUCUACUGCAGGCCUCUCAGACUCCUUUAGGAGCAGUAAGGAGUCUCUGCCCCAGGCCAAAGCAGUCUGCCUCCAUUCCAGCCUACAGCCAGACCAGAGACAGACUUCGUGCUCUGAAAAGUAAUCUUCUCCUGAAGAAGGACGGCACAGAUUCAGAUGCAGAAGCUGUUUCUCUCGGUCCCCUCCGUGACUUCCUCCAGGCUGAGUGGGAUGAGCUGAUCGAUCGGGUGUCCUUGCUCCUCUCACAGCUCCAACACCCCAUUCAGUCCAGAACGCCGGCCUUCACUCUCCUCCUUGAGCUGACCGACCUGUCUCGCCUGGAGAGGAGGGCAGAGUUACUCCGAGCUUACCUCUCGCACUUUAACACUUCAGAUCCACCUGCUGCCUAUCGAUUAUCCGCUUUCAGAAACGCCCGAGGCUUCCUCCCGGCAGUCAUGAGAGAGGCAGCUCGACUCUAUCGUAAAAACAUCAGUGAUAUAACCUUGAAGUUUCAGGUACAGCGUAUAAAUGAAAUCAUAUUAAAAUGACCUUUAAGUUCCACAUUGAUCACCGACUGACAGUGUUUUUGUUCCUGCAGGUUCUGAGCGACAGCCCGUCCCUCGCCUCACUUCCUGCGGGUGCUGUGUGUUUGUGUGGCCUGCAGCUCAGAGGUGCAUUGUGGGAUUCACAGCUGGGCGGCGUACAGGACACGCUCUCCUCACAGCCGUGCGCUCUCCCCUGUGUUUGUGUUGAGGCUGCAGUCAGAAGCAGAAAUAGCACCCAAACGAAUCUCUCCUGUGAAAGCGUACCUGUGAGGGGCGCUCAGGUUACACAGACGGUACCGCUCUAUCACUGCCCACUCUAUCUGGACCAGAACCAGGAGAGUGGAAACCGUGGGCUGGCAGAUAUCAACAUUAUCACCACAGUUCCUCUGCAUGUCAGGCUCAGUCCAGUGUUGUGUAGUUUGAGGAGAGUGAGGCUAGUGAGCAUGCUCAGUUAACCAAACCUUCUCCGCUCGCCCACACUGAAACUUUCACCAGAGACACACGACUCUGGGUCAGUCAGGAUCAAUUCAUUUAUUAUUUAUUGUGAAUAUAUUAUAGUCAUCAUAUUGUGAUUGAUUAUGAAUGUUGUGAACUGUGUAUACCUUCAUGCAGUUGACUUUUAUAUGUUUAACUUUCUCAUUAAAAUCUGUGUCUCACCGCAAACCUGUCGCCCUUUCAUACGUCUCAGCUGAUCCUCCAGACGUCAGCGCGGACUCAAACAGUGAUGCCGUGAUUUGCUGUCAUGCUUUGCGGUUCAUGUUCAUAUCGGCUUUAAGUUGCGGAUAAAUACUCGUACAAAUCUACUUUUGGAAACACAAAAAUGUCCCUGGAGUAAACUUUCAGAUAUCCUCAGGUCAGUGUUGAGUCAUUAUUAGCAGAGCUGUUUUUCUCAGGGUCUGAGCAGAAACACAGCAAACACAUUUCUCAUCAAUGAACAUUAUUCAACAAAGAUUCAGUCAAAAUAAUAGAUUUAGAUAAUUUAAGAGCUGCUCCAUUUAAAGCUCCUGUAAGAGGUUUUUAGACUGAAAUUCAUAUUUGAUGCUUUUUUUAUGAUACCCUAAAACAAACAGUUUAAGAAACAGUCCUGUUUUUACAAUUUACACUUUAAAUAAGCAUCAAAUAGUGUAAAUAAAACCCAGUUCCCAGUGUCUGAGUCGGCCUUUUUCUCCUGUAGGUAACAUGGACAGACACCACUAUGAAACUUUUGAGAAGUUUGGCAACAACACUUUCCUGAUCCACCUCGACAACGGCAGAGCGUGAGUGUUUCUGGGCUCGUUAGUUUGUGUUUUUCCAUGAUUGUAGUUGUGAUGUAACCUGACUGAUACUGGAUCUGUUCUUAUCGCAGGUUUGGGCGUCACUCCAAAGACGAGCCGACUAUCCUGGCCCCUCUGGAGCAGUGCUGCAGGUAAACAAACACACACAGACUCUCCUCUUGUUCUGUGCUGUUCUGUUCUCUGGUUCAUCCCUCCAUUUUUGACAUCUCUGUAGAAUCCGGCGCUCUACCUGGCUCCGCCUACGUCUGCUGUCUUUGCCUCAGUAUCGACUCAGUGACGUCAUGAGGGCCUCACUAUCCCACGAUCCCCUUCACAAAGUGGCUCCGCUGCUGUCGGAGCCCCACCUCGCUGCUCUGGAUCGACGCCUAAAGACCGUGCUGGAGACCGUGAACCGCUGCCUGGAGAACGCUGCUGGUCGUUCUGAGGUACUCUACGACGACCUCGUCAGCUUGAAAGACACGGUCACGCCUGCGGGGUAG